AUGGCCUUGCAACUCUCCCGAAGAAGAACUCGGGGAACAGACCCCACACAAGCUCUUAAAACAGCAUUGGAGAAUUUUCAGAACACCUUGACAGAGGAGCAAAAACGAGAAUUUCGAGGAAGCACCACGAAAGUAGACAUUACGAGCUUCACUGUAUUUGUCGCAGACAUCGAUGCAAGAAAUAGCAGUAGGAGAACGCCCGUUGGUCCACGGCUAUGUCCUUUUUUUGAGGCAAUGCAACAGUUCACCGGUGUUGUGGACACUUUUGUUAGCUCCAAUCCGGUAAUCGCAGCCCUCGUCUGGGGUGGUAUUAAGACUGCUAUAUUGCUAGCCAGCAAUGUGGCCUCUUACUUUGACAAAGUCACGACCAUGAUAAUGCGCAUCGGAAAGUCAGCUCCGACUUACCAACAGUUUGGAGGACUCUACCCUGACUGCAUUGGUCUCCAACGUGCCCUUUGUGAUUUCUAUGCCAUCAUCAUCAAUCUGUGUGUUAAGAUCAUCGAGGUCUCCCGCCGAACUGCCUUCCAGCAAACCAUUUCGUCGAUGAUAACCCCCUUUGAAUCCGAGUUCAAGCCAUUCCUCGAUCUGCUCAAUGAAGCUACGCAUGAUAUCAAACUGGAAGUAUCGCUCGCAUCAAAACAAGCAGACAAAGAAGCGAAAAAGUUGCAAGAAUACGACAGUCGAGAGAAUUCAAGAUUCCGACCUUUGGCCCGAGAUUUCUACAAAACAUCACUGGAACAACAAGCCGAGGCCGCCAAGUGGCGAAUGAAAUUGAGAAAGAGGGAAAUGAUGGAAUUAAAGACACUCAUCCGAAAAAAUCUUUCUCCCAUUAACCAUGAGUUUUCUUUGCGGCAGACCAGCAGGCAACGGCUUUUAACGACAGCUGAGUGGCUCCAGAAAGAGUCAGUCUUUGAAGAGUGGAAAGACGCUCCACGAACCGCAAUACUCUGGUGUUUAGGUACCAUAGGCACGGGCAAGACAGUGCUUAUGUCUAAUGUAGUGGAUCAGUUACUGUUAGAUGCGGCCCACAAGAGCGAUGAGAUCGUGUGCUACUAUUUCUGUCGUGCCGACAAUGAGACAUCUUUAUCUGCUCGGAAUAUUCUUGGAAGCCUUGCCCGUCAAAUGCUCGAUUUUUGGAUAGAGCAAAGCGAAUAUGAAACUUUACUCUCCAUGGAAGAGACCACCCGAGACCUUAACACGACCAGCGUCGUUGAUUUCUUGUUGUCUCGCCUGGAGGCCAGCAAGGCGAACAAGUAUUUCUAUGUUGUCUUGGACGGAGUGGACGAUUGUGAUGAUAGCCAGGCUCAAGCUCUGGCACAGGCUAUUGUUGAGCUCUGUAGCAGCUACUUUUGUUUCAAAAUCCUCUGUGCCGGCCGGCCUGGUCUUGAAAAACACUUCGAAUUGAACAAACCGCAGUAUCGGAUUUCGGUGAAUGAAGAGAAGGUCAGGUCGGACAUGGAUUGCUAUAUUGACACGACUCUGGACAAGUGCUUGGACGAAGAACUUUUGAUACUUGGGCACGCGGAAAUCAUCACAGACAUACGUAAUAUCAUAAGGAACAAAGCUGAUGGAAUGUUCCUUUGGGCAAGACUUUGUGUCGAAGAGCUUUGUGCACAGAAUUGUGAUCACGACAUCCUGAAAGCACUGAAACAUCUUCCCCAAGGCUUGGCUGAGUUCUAUAAUCAAAAGCUUCGCCGUGUUCAAGAGGGAAGAACGGCCGGACAAGCAAUGAAAAUACUACAAUACUGUGGCGUAUUGAAGCGGCCAUUGACAGUCAUGGAGUAUCGAGAAGUCCUGAGUCUUUCCCUCAAGCAAAAAUUCUUUGACCGGGGAAAACUCCCCAACAAUAUGGAUAGGAUCAUCAAUGGUUGCUGUGGAUUAAUAUUUGUUGAUGAAGAGGAAGAGACUAUACAUUAUGUUCAUCCUAGUGUGAAAGAACGUCUUUUUACCACGAACGGUCCACACACAGCACAAUUUGACACGGCGAGCGUUGAACAGCAACUUGGGUUCCUUUCUAUGACAUAUCUGGAUUUCACCAACUUCAAGCGUCAGUUAACGAAAAUUAAGAAGGGUUCUGGGACUCCUAUCAACCCCCUUCAGCUCGGUACCAGUAAUUUGCCCGGCCAAUCUUCCAACAGAGUUGCCAGUCAAAUGGCCCGAAGAAUACUCUCCCAUAGUCGCCAGCUACAGCAUUUCAGCACUCGAGAUAUAGAGAAGAUGGCACAAGAAAUACUUGGAGCUAGGAGAUUUCCCGAGGCGAGGGAAGAGUUCCAUUUUCUCAAUUAUGCCAGGGCUUACUGGCUCAACCAUCUGACUGAUUUCACUCCGGAUAUGAACAGUGAUAUGUGGGGAUUGCUUUGCCGGUGCGUAGAAGGCGAUGAUGUCCUUGAAUGCAGACCGUGGGAUUUGGAGCCGCAGAUCUCCAACGGGAGAGAUGAUAUACCAGAGGCUAUACAAUGGUUGUUGGCCCAUGGAAAUUACGCAUUACUCCUGUACUAUGCGAGACAUCAGCCUCACGUUUUGACUGACGCGGUGAAGGGUGAAAUUUUCCGCAGAGUCGACGCUCACAAUUGUUAUCGAUACACUGAGGUGAUCGUCCGCCUCACAAAUACCAGCAAACUGUUAAAUAUUGGAUUAUCACAUGCCGUUCGGUGUAGAUGCAGUCGCUCUCUAGCAAUGCUGCUCGAAGCAGGGUCUGAAAUUGAUGCUCAAGUGGAUGACAAAACAGCCCUCCAGGCAGCAGCAGAAAGGGGCUACCCUGAGACGGUGGAGACACUUUUGGCAGCAGGAGCAGACGUCAAUGCGCUUCCAUCUGAAUUAGGUCACACGGCCCUUCAAGGAGCAGCAAGAGAAGGGUAUCUUGAGGUGGUAAAGGUACUUCUAGCAACUGGAGCAGAUGUCAAUGCGCUUCCAUCCGAGGGUGGCCACACGGCCCUCCAAGGAGCAGCAAGAGAAGGGUAUCUUGAGGUGGUAAAGGUACUUCUAGCAGCAGGAGCAGACGCCAAUGCGCUUCCAUCUGAAUUUGGUUACACGGCCCUUCAAGGAGCAGCAGCAGAAGGGCACCUUGAGGUGGUAAAGGUACUUCUAGAAGCACGAGCAUACGUCAAUGCGUCUCCAUCUGGAUAUGGUUACACGGCCCUUCAAGGAGCAACAGGAAGAGGGCACCUUGAGGUGGUAAAGGUACUCCUAGAAGCACGAGCACAUGUCAAUGCGUCUCCAUCUGAAUUUGGUCACACGGCCCUUCAAGGAGCAACAGGAGGAGGGCACCUUGAGGUCGUAAAGGCACUUCUAGCAGCAGGAGCGGAAAUUGAAAGCGAAGCUGGUCGGCUAGCCCUGGAAAAUGCAGCAAAGUGGGGUCACAUUGAGGUGGUGCAAGCACUUCUAGUAGCAAAAGCAGACGCCUACACACGUCCUGCUGUUUCGAAAGCGGCACAGACAAUGCGAUCAGCGACAGCACUUGCUGAUGCUGAAGCUUUUCAUCAAAUAGCUCUCGACGCAGCGCGAAAAGCGAAUCAAACUAAGUUGGUGCAUGUAUUGCUAGCAGCAAGACCGAAU